ACAGCUCGAGCUUGUGCGUGCACCGGAAGCACUUUGACGUAUUCACAUAAUCCUAAAGAUGGCGGCGUUGGUUGCGCCUCGCCUGAGCCUGAUUGGCUCUUUUUCAACAAGACCCAUUUCAAUUUUUGCAAUUCAACAGAAGAGUCUGCACAGCAGUGCUAAGAAUGACUCUACCAGCACAAGCGCGGUGCCAGUCAGAGAGAAGAGCACGGCGGUGGCAACAGCCAAACCAGCAGCUGUCGCCAGCAGCAAGGGGGAGUAUGUUGUUGCCAAGCUGGACGACCUGGUUAACUGGGCACGCAGGAGCUCUCUGUGGCCUAUGACCUUCGGCCUGGCCUGCUGCGCCGUGGAGAUGAUGCACAUGGCUGCUCCGCGUUACGACAUGGACCGCUUCGGCGUCGUGUUCAGAGCGAGUCCCCGACAGGCCGACGUCAUGAUCGUGGCAGGGACGCUGACCAAUAAGAUGGCUCCAGCUCUGCGGAAGGUUUAUGACCAGAUGCCCGAACCCAGAUACGUCAUUUCCAUGGGAAGCUGUGCUAACGGAGGAGGCUACUACCACUACUCCUACGCUGUCGUCAGAGGCUGCGAUCGGAUCGUGCCCGUGGACAUCUACGUUCCAGGUUGUCCUCCCACUGCAGAGGCUCUGCUCUACGGGACUUUACAGCUGCAGAAGAAAAUCAAGCGUGAGAAGAAGAUAAGCAUCUGGUACAGAAAGUGAAUGUGUAAUAUGUAUUUGUGUGUGUCGGGUGUGUAAAUGUUUGAUUUCUGGAUCCAUCUGGAGCCCUGCUCCUCUUCCUCCCCCUCCUCCCCCCUCCUCCCUCCUCCUCUCCUCCAUGUAGAGCUGCAGGAACGAACUUCAGUAAAAGUAACUAAUGUGAUUUACACACAGCUGCUUACUUUAAACCAAAAGCCGCAGUUUGGUUCAGGUUUUCUUUAGAUAUCGGAGAAGAACUUGUAUAUUAAACCAAUCUAUAUUCCAGUAGCCAUAUGCAAUAUACGUCUCUUUAUUUAAAAUGGCGCUGUCGCAGACAUUCAGUUCCUUCAAUGUUACUUUCAAUAAACUGGGCUUACAUGAAAAUCUA